AUGGCUCUACCCAGAUACGCAGACCCCGUAUAUCAGACGGCUCACGAUGACGCUUUUUCGAAGCCGCUGUUUGCCAAGAUCGAAGCUGUUCUGCCACCAGAUGUGAGUAGCGAGGAUUUCGCGCAAGCCAUCAAGCAAAUUACAGAAGCGCUGGGGAAAGAUGCUGUUUUCACAGGUGAUGAUCUGAAGGAUUACGUUGACCCGUAUGAAAUACCCGAGUCUGGGCAUGGAAGAAAUGUGCCGAGCGCUGCGGUCUGUCCGGACUCGGUGCCGCAACUUCAGGCUCUCCUAAAGAUAGUAAAUCAAUAUAAAAUACCCGUAUGGACGUUCUCUCGGGGAAAGAAUUUUGGCUAUGGAGGGCCAGCGCCUCGCGUUUCGGGGUGCAUCGCUCUGGACCUGCAUCGAAUGAACAAAGUUUUGGAACUGAAUGAGAAAUUUGCUUAUGCGGUAGUUGAACCAGGAGUCACCUUUGGUGAUCUGUAUGAGCAUUGUGCGAAGAACAAAUACAAGGUCUGGCCAAGCACAGCAUCGCUCGGAUGGGGCAGUGUUAUUGGUAACGCUCUUGAUAGGGGCUUGGGAUUUCUCCCAACGGGUGUGCACCACGAAAACAUAGCCGGCAUGGAAGUUGUUCUUGCAAACGGUGAUGUGGUUCGUACGGGACAGUUUGCCAUGUCCAACUCCCCGUCGGCGCAUGUGACAAACCUGGCCUUCGGUCCCACCAUCGAUGGGCUCUUCCUGCAAAGCAACCUGGGAAUAGUGACCAAAAUGGGUGUUCACCUGACGAAACAACCGCAGUCUUACAUGGCUUGUUCGUUCGAUGUGCCGGAAUUCGAAGACAUCAAGACCAUUGUCGAUGUCUUCGGAGAGCUGCGACGGAACGGCACUAUACCAUACAUGUUUUAUGUAUUCUAUAUUGCGGAAUGGGCCACCAUGUUCGGCAAGCAUUCCGAAUGGUGGGCUGGCGAAGGGCCAAUUCCGGACUGGAGACUCAAAGAGAUGCAGAAGGAACUGGAUACGGGCGCAUGGACAGUGAAAUUCGGACUAUACGGGCCGACGCAGAUCGUCAAGGCUCAGUUCGAUGAGGUGCAGAGAGUAACGAGUGAGAAAGCACCAACCGGUCGUCUUCAACAGUCUCUAUUCACCGGAGAAAACGGAGGACUUCUCGAGGCAACAGCUGUUUCUGACGUCUAUGGUGGCGUGAGAGUAGGCAUCCCCAGCAUGUGGAAUAUACCGAUGGUGAACUAUUACAACAACCGCGAGGACUCGGUUGGUGCACACACCGCCUACUCACCCAUCGUACCUCUGGAGGGCGAGACCAUAUUAGAAUGGGCGCAGACGGCCAAGGCCAUUUGUGAGGCAGAGGGGUUUGAUUACUUGUGCGACUUCUUCAUGCAUGAACGGUAUGCCAUCUUCGUUACUAUGCUGCUAUUCGACAAGACUAGUAAGGAACAGCGAACCGGCAUAGACAAGAUUUUCAAAAGACUUUUUGAAGAAGGUAGCAAGCGUGGCUUCGCCAAAUACCGAGCACAUUUGGGUCAUAUGGAUAUGAAUGCCGAGCUCUUCGACUUCAACGACCAUGCGUAUCGUCGCUUCGUAGAGACAUUGAAGGCGUCCUUGGAUCCUAACGGUAUCCUGUCUCCAGGGAAGAUGGGGAUUUGGCCAGAGAGACUGAAACGAUUUAGGAACUUGGAGUAA